GAAGAUUGCCCUCGGAGAAUUGCCCAGAAUUGAAUUGCACCAUGGAAGAUUGGAUCUACGCAGAUGGAUUCGUUUGUUAAAUUAUCUAGAAUUUUUAGGUAUGCUCAUUUCAACAACACUUUGUUGAUCUAUUAAAAAGCCUAUGAGACUCUAUAAAAAAUAGUGACAUUAAAGAAGGCGUAUAACAGAAAAGCCGUUGCAAUAUUCUCCUCAUUAAUAAAAGAUUAUAUAAUAGAUAAAAGAUACAAACAAAAAUAUCUAACAUUGGUUACCAUAAUUAUGCUCAAAGCAAUCAAUUUGAAGUUUUUAAUCCCUUUGUUUGUUAUGAUAGCUAAUCAUUCAAACUGCUUAGAAACUAAUUGGCUGUAUCUAGACAACGCAAGCUACACAAUAGAAAGGAAAGACAGAGUAUAAAUUGAUUGAAAUCAUAACUUAGUAAAAACUUGUUAAGAAUCGAUGCAAACAUAGAAAGACUAUUUUAACAAGAUAUAUGCGUAUUGAUAUAACCAAAGAUGAAGUUAGGCGUCAUUUUAGUUUUUGUGGUAAUACUGUACUCCCAGCUGGUGGUGCAUGCAACAAGUGAUUGUCGCAUUCUGCAGAAUGGCUAUAAUGGUAUUUUCACUAGCCCGCGCUAUCCCGAUAACUACAACAACAGUCUAUCGUGUCAGUGGACAAUUACUUCGCCACCAGCUACGCGGAUACAGCUACGCUUCACUGAUUUCGAUCUAGAACAAAGCAAUUCAUGUGCUUACGAUUAUUUAGAAAUAUUUGACAGCUCGUCCACUUUAAUUGGUCGAUUUUGUGGAAAUGACAUUCCUGAUUUGAUUGAGAGCCAAUCAAAUAAGCUGUACAUCGUUUUCACAACAGACCGUGCUGAUACGCGGCGUGGAUUUGAAGCGACAUGGAUUGCUUUAGGAGGGUUAACAGGAAAUGGGAACACAAGAAGACAAAUAGGAGGACAAUGCGGUGGGGAGUUCACAGACGCCGAAGGAGUGCUUCAAAGUACCAAUUUCCCCUUACCUUACGAAUCGUCGUCUUCAUGUAAGUGGACCAUUAAAACAGACGCUUAUCAUGAGAUCAUUCUAACAUUUGAAUUCUUUGAACUUGAACAACACAGCGUAUGUAGAUACGAUUACGUGAUCAUUAAAGAUGGCGCUACCAAAGAAGCUAAAGAGAUCGGUAAAUAUUGUGGCAGGAAUUCACCAGGUACUAUAAAAGCUACAGGAAACGUCCUUCAGAUUAUAUUUGUGUCAGAUACUACCACUCAAAGAAAAGGGUUCAAAGCCACAUGGAAGCUAAAUCGAAAAACUUCAGUCACGCCAAGCGAUUGUGGUGGGGCACUAAACGGCGAUAAAGGCACAGUAACAUCGCCAGGCUAUCCACAAUCGGUAACAGGGCGCACAAUAUGUACAUGGAGCAUAUCAGUACCUGAAGGUGGAAGAGUCAAGUUUGAAUUUGUUGACAUAGACAUAUCAGAACAUCCAGCAUGCGGUAAAGGUUACGUUGAGCUGAGAGAUGGGAAGAUGUCCACAGAUAAAAGCCUGGGGAAUUUUUGCGGAUUUGUUCUGCCACGACCGUUGUUAUCAGAAAAAAAUGUUAUUACAGUUGGUUACCUCUCUGAUGGCGACUCAAAAACGCGGGGAUUUCAAGCAAAGUGGACAACCGUUUACCCGAGCAGUACGAAAACCCCUCCUCAUUUCCAGAAAGAAACUAAAUGCGGACAAACAUUUACCACAGAGAAAGGCCAAAUAACUCGAUCAACCGGAUUAAAGAAUUGCUCUUGGACGAUCGAGGUACCGCGUGGUAAAAUGGUAUCCGUUAGUGUUGUUGAAAUAAACAUGGCGGACGAUCCUGACUGUCGAAGAGAACAGCUUGAAGUAAGAAAUGGCGCAAAUCUAAAUUCACCUUUUCUCGCAAGAACAUGUGGCCAAUUGAAGCCACGACCUGUUACGUCAUCGUCAAAUGUAAUAGUCGUGAGACACACUAUAUUUAAGAAGCAACAAACUUCGCGAUUAAAACUUGUCUGGGAAGCUGUUGGGGUGGGUGAAGAAAACGAACUCUUCAACACAGGUUCUUGCGGUAUAUCAACAGCUACUCCAAAAUUCGUCAAAAAGGGUGCCGCUCAAGGCCUGGGAACAACACCCUGGGUUGUCGGCAUAAUGGGAAUGUUUGGACGGGUUCAUUGCGGAGGAGCAAUAUUGUCUCCAGAGUGGAUUAUAACAGCAGCGCAUUGUUUUGAGAGAGUGCCUUGGAAAUCGCUAUGGACUGUUCGUGCAGGCGAGUAUGAUUUAAAAAAGAACGAAGGAACUGAACAAACUGUCAGCAUCCGCAAAAUCAUCAUGCAUCCAAACUAUAAUAGUAAAACACAUGAUAACGACAUAACCUUGCUUCGUUUAAACCAACCACUAACGCUCAAUGCAAACGUCAAAACAGUCUGCCUACCCAGCGUGGGCACGACGUUUGAACAGAACAAAAAAUGUUCAUUAGCCGGUUGGGGUGCUCGAAAAUUUUUACGGCAACCGAAAGAACCUCUAGUUCACGUGCUUCCAAAAUUAAUCAAUCGUGAAAAAUGCAACAGCAGUGCGGCUUAUGACGGAAAAAUAACCGACAGAAUGUUGUGUGCAGGCAAAGACAGAAUUGACAGUUGUCAAGGAGAUGGCGGUAGCUCGCUAACGUGCGCCACGCAAGAUAAAAAUUAUGUUAUCGGCCUAGCAAGCUGGGGGAACGGAUGCGGAUUUCCUGGAAAAUAUGGUGUCUACACUGACGUUCGUAAAUAUAUAAACUGGAUUAAUGAUGUAGUGAAGAGAAACACUUAGCUGGCGUGUGUUUAAAGAACACCUUUAGCAACAUCUUUGGUACUACCAGUAUACCAUGUUUCAAUUAUUACCAGUAUGCCAUGUUUCAAUUAUUAAAUUAUAAAUCUUUAACUUAUUAUUUUUAGUAGGUGAUGCUUCUAUAUUUCUUAGUUAUGCCAUUCUAAAAUAGUGCUAAAACAGGAAGGAACACAUCUGACACACUCAAACCGGCAUAUAAUAAACUUGCACACACGGAGCAUGUUAUACACAGUAGAAAAGCUUUUAACGGGCGUCAUACGGUUCAUACACAACACCCAUUUAGGGUAAAGAUUAAGAAGAAAUUUUCAAAUCGUUGUUUUAAUUUUCCACAGGUUUGACAUAUUAAAUAAGUUUUUUAAUAGGACGUUCAGUUUCGUAUUGUUAUCUUGCGACGUGCGAGGAUACUCUACAAUUUUUUGUUUAUAAUUUUUUUGUGUAUCCGCUUUAUCUAUAAGUUGUGAUUGGAGGUUUAGUUUUCAGAAUUA